AUGAGUUCACUUACUUUUACGGUUCGAGACCGCCUCUGGUUGGCAGGAAAACCACGACUUCCUGCCCACCGAGAUCACUUUCAUAAUAAAACCGCUGGAGCCUGUGCCACCGAAGAGACAUGCAGCUUUAGUCUUGCCCCGCCGCUCGGGAGAGAGGCUGCGCACUACACCCCGCACAGGCCGGCAAUCACAGAGCUCAGAAAGGCAGAAACAGCUUUUACGGCCACAAACGAAGUGGACACUACGUGGCUGGUGACUUGCGCUGACUUCUAUCAGCGGUUCUUCAUCUGCGGUGAGUCAAAUAACAGCAGCUCCAGCACAAGUCUCAUGACGUCCUUGGACUUGAUGAAAAAACAGUGUUUUGCAUCUGGGACGCUGUCCUCAGCUUCUCUCAAAAGAAGGUUCAUAAAGAAGAGCAGGGUCGCUCCGGGGAGGCAGCACGAUGCGGGCAGCGAGUGUCAGCUGUGCAGAUGUUCCAUAUUUUCCCAUUCAGGCAGCAACCAGACUGUUCGCCGGAUUCUGACAGCCUGCCUCCUCUCUUUCAUGGCCCUGCUCGGCUCUGUAUUCAUCGACAUCAACUCCAACUUUGACUUGCUGGUGGGCUCUCGAUCCAUCUCUUCAGGCCUCAGUAUGAGGAUAUGCCUGCUGGCCAUGGCGUGCCUUAUCUACCCUGUGGUGAUGUUCUCUUUCAAACAGAUGACAGAGUGGAUACAGAACUAUGCCCACAGUCUGAAGGAGAAAACACAAGACCUCAAGCACCAGAGGCAGCUGGCUGAAGAUCUGCUUCACCAAAUGCUGCCAAAGUCAGUUGCCAAACAGCUCCGCCAGCAUAAACACGUUGAAGCUGAGAGCUAUGAAAAGGUUACCAUUUUUUUCUCAGACAUUGUGGGCUUCACCUCUAUCUCUGCGUCCUGUACUCCAUUGCAAGUAGUGGAGAUGCUCAACAACCUCUACAUGUGUUUUGAUACGCGCAUUGACUCCUAUGAUGUCUACAAGGUGGAGACUAUUGGAGAUGCAUACAUGGUGGUGAGCGGCCUACCUGAAAGGAACGGAGACAGACAUGUGGAUGAAAUUGCCAAGAUGGCUCUGGAUCUGGUAGCAGCCGUCAGACAGGUCUCCAUUCCUCACAUGCCCAAUGAGAGGCUUCAGCUCAGAGCUGGCAUCCACACAGGUCCAUGUGUGGCAGGAAUAGUGGGCUACAAGAUGCCAAGAUACUGUCUAUUUGGAGAUACCGUCAACACAGCCUCUAGAAUGGAAUCAACCAGCCUGCCUCAGAAAAUCCACAUCAGUUCAGAAACAUACCUGGCUCUGAUCAAAGACAAUGCUUAUGAACUGCAGCUUCGUGGGGAGAUUGAGAUUAAGGGUAAGGGCAAAAUGUAUACAUACUGGCUGAUUGGCCACAAGAACUACAGCGUGCAGAAUGACAGCCUGGUUUGCCACUGGAAUCCCAACAUGGCCAGAAAGAAGAAGAUGUUAGCAGGGAGCCAGGUAUCUGUGAGCAAUGUGAGUUAA